UGAAAGCUAAGGUACUAGUACUUGUAAUCUGUAACAUCCAUAGUAUUCAUAAUUAGUGUCUAUUCUUUUAUAUUACAUAACUCAUGACGACACUUGCAAAACGCUAGUAAGGAAAACUCAAGUAACUGCUAGUAAUUCUAAGAGAGAAAAGGAUGUGGUUAUAAACUCCUCACUUCAUUUGUAUAUUCUUUUCUUUAAAAGAAAAUGUUUAACAACAACACUUCAAGCCCAAGUUAGAUUUAUCAUCUUGAAAGACAAACUGAGUACACAAUCGGUAAAGGUCCUUGUGUGUGUGUUAGUUAAACACACUAAUCAAAAUGUUGGCACAGUAAAUUCUAUGAAGGUGGUUGUACCAAAUACUAGACACAAAGCAAUAGCAAAGAUAUCAUUAUGGGUUUGCGGCCCAUAUAGCAAUUGAGAGGAUCAGUGACAGUUUGUUGGUAGCCAAAGGCCCUUUUCCCGGGUAAAACCAAACAGAAAAUAACGAUCAUCAUCACUCCCAAGAAAAGACAUCUAACCUCUAUCCACAAGAACAACAUAUGUUCAAUUAACAUAAUCUUAGUAACUGUUAGAUGAAUUUGUUGUCAUAGUUAUUAUGGCUGAUUCAUUAUGCAAGUUCUUGGACACUCGCUGUGUAGGAAGUUGUCAAUUCUUUGCUACCUAUUUUUCUGCCCAAAAGCCCUUCCUCUUCCUCCCACUUGUUUCCCUUCACAACCCAAGUCUUGUUAGAAGAAGAGGAAGAAGAAAAUCACUUCACAUUGCUUUUUGCUCCACACCAACUCCUCCAGUUCUUGAUGUCAUCUCCACCCAGGAGAAUUCUGAUGGCAGCCUACUAUUUCGGUUUGGGGAUCCGAGUGAACUUGCGAAAGAGGAUGAGUUGGAGGAGCCCCUUUUUGGGGUGGAAGAAGUGGAAAGGGAUAGCGAGGAGGAAUAUAUUGUGGUGAAAGUUUUAGAUGGCGAUAAAGAGAGAGAAGUCACUGUAAAGAAAGUAGACACAAAAGCAAAGGGUGAGACUGCGAGUGUGGCUACUGAUGCUGAAUUCUCUGAAUCAGUAGUUACUAACAACAAGAGUAGUGAUUUUGUAGAAAGAGAGAUUGGAUUGAGGGAAACUUCUCUGGAAUCCGCGGAUGAUGUUGCUUCAAAUUCAUCUAUGGGAAUUCAAGAUGAAUCUCUGGCUGAAGUCGAUAUUGAGAAUGCUGAACACGUUGAGGAGAUUUUCUAUAAGAAAGAUGAUGACAGUGAAUCUUCAGUUCCACCACCAGAGAAUUCUAGUCUUCCUUUGGAAGUUGAGGAUAAAAUGAAGAGUCAAUCAAGUGAUGUAGCAUUUGAAGAAUUGGAUGAUGACAAAUCGCCUCUUGCAUGUUCAUCUGCAGCAAUGCCUGAAUAUUCUGACUCGGUAAACACUAUGGAAAUUGAAGAAUCUGUGGGGGAAGGUUUAAGUCAGUUGAAAGAGAAUAAUGGUGACAAUGAUUUCCAUGAUGAGUCUACUCGCUCGAUGGAAAAUGGUGCUGCUUCAAGUGAAAUUGAAACAGAUGAGGAUGAUAUUAUGAUUGUCCAACAGGCAGAACAAAUAUCUGAAAGUACUGAUCCUAUAAAAGAUCCCAUUGAGAGUGCUCCUGAGGGAAUUAAUCUGGGGAAUACUGAAACUGUUGUUGAAGUAACUAGUCCAGAAAAUGCUGAUAAUAAGCAUUUGUCAGUUGAGAUUGUCCAGCAGAAAGAACAAAUAUCUGAAAGUGUUGAGGAUUCUAUAAUGGAAGAGCACGUAGAGAGUGCUCCCAAGGGACUUAAUCUGGGGAUUACUGAAACUGUUGUUGAUAUUAGUCCAGAGAAUGCUGAUAUUAAGCAUUUGUCUGUUGAGAUUGUCCAACAAACAGAACAAAUAUCUGAAAAUAUUGAUCCCAUAAUAGAAGAACCCGUAGAGAGUGCUCCCGAGGGAAUUAAUCUGGGGAUUACUGAAACUGUUGUUGACGAAAUUAGCCCAGAAAGUGCUGAUGUUAUUCCUUUGUCUAUCGAUGCCGAAUACCAGAGUGCUGAAGUCCUUAAUUUCGAAAAGGACAAUCAAACCGAGCUGAUUAAUUUGUCCGUAGAUACAGAGGACCAGGCUUCCCAAGAGGGUACCUUCGAAGAUAGUGGUGAGACUAAUGUGAUUGAAGAAAUGCCUCCGUCUCCUAAGCAGGAGGCUGAACCAAUUCUUGAUGAGGAAGUUGAUCAAAACCUAAUAUCGGAGUCUAUUGAAGGUGAAAGUCCAUCACAGCCAGAUGAAAAUUUGCCUAGCUUAUCCUUGGAAGAGGAAAGAAAAGAAGAUGUAGAAAACACUGAGAUCAUGGAAGUAUCUGGAUCUGAAGUGGUUGAGGAUAAAUAUUCAGAAGUCUUAGACAGCAGCGAGGAAGCUACACCAGCAGCAGCAGAAUUAAUUCUGUCUUCUGGCGCUACUUUACUGCAAUAUCCUUCCAAGGCAUUCGCAGGAGGACAUGAAGCAUAUUUUGUUGCUUGUGGGAAGUGGCUAGGGGUAGCCGAUGGAGUUGGUUCCUGGUCAUUGGAAGGAAGUGAUCCAGGAGUAUAUGCCAAGGAACUCAUGCAAAAUAGUGAAGCCAUUGCUUCACAGUGUGACAAGGAUUUAAUAAAUGACCCUAAGCGAGUCCUUAAUCUGAGUGUCUCAAAAACAGAUUUCCCUGGAUGUUCAACAGUCUUGAUUGGUUAUUUUGAUGGAAAGGCUCUUCAUGUGGCUAAUAUUGGCGACUCUGGUUUUAUCGUAGUAAGGAAUGGCAGGGUUUAUACAAAGUCAUCACCCAUGCUUCAUGAAUUCAAUUUGCCCAUACAAAUUGAAAAAGGUGAUGAUCCAUCUCAACUUCUGGAGGAAUACAAGGUAGAGUUAGAUGAAGGGGACAUAAUUGUCACUGCAACAGAUGCACUUUUUGACAACUUAUAUGAUCAAGAAAUAGUGUCAAUCGUCUCAAGGUCACUGGAAGCUGACAAAAGUCCUCAGGAAAUUGCGGAGAUUUUGGCAACAAGGGUGAUAGAAGUGGGCAGUUGUGCUUCAGGGAGAAGUCCAUUUGCUGAUGCAGCUCAAGCAGCCGGAUAUGUUGGAUAUACUGGUGGGAAGCGCGACGACGUGGUUGUCGUUGUGUCAACAGUUCAAAAGGUAAUCAUGUCAAACGAGGAGUAACUAGCUAGUGGUGCAAUCUAAUUCCACAUAAUUCUUUAACGUUUCCCUUCCCAUUAUGUAAGCAGUUUUGAUGUCUCAAAGUGAGUAACUGUAACAUCUAUGUUGAAAUGUAAAUUUAUGGCAUUUGAUUAAUUGCUAUACCUUUACCAUC